UCGAGAGAGUUUGUGCAGUUUCCGACGAUGACCGAGACCGCAGAAGUGGCUCCACCAGCGGCACCCGCCACCACACCCAAGGCUGCCAAGAAGAAGAAGGCCGCCGUCCGGACAAAGUCAGCCGGUCCCAAACUGGGCGAUCAAAUCGACAAGAUUGUGGCCGAUUGCCGCAGUCAGCGAGGGGUGUCCGUAGCCGCGAUAAAGAAGAGUUUGGCCAGCAGCGGCGUCGAUGUACAAAAGCUGAAAGGUCAGAUCAGGUUGACCAUUAAAAGAAAAUUGGAUAAAGGCACCCUGGUUCACACUAAGGGCGCAGGUGCCUCCGGCUCCUUGAGAGCCGCUAAAAAAGAACAUACCGGGAAAGUCGUGAAAAAAGCGAAGAAACCAGCGACCAAGGCACCUAAGACCAAGAAGGCAGUGACCAAGAAAUCUGUGGCCAGGAAAACGGGUGCCAAGAAAUCUCCCGCCAAGACCAAGGGGGUUAAGAAAACUGCGGUUAAAAAAGCGGCAGCUAAGAAAACAGCGACCAAGAAGACCGCGCAGAAGCCCAAGAGUCCGAAGAAAGUCGCAGCCCCCAAGGUGGCCAAGAAGUCGGCAAAACCCAAGCCGAAGGCAAAAUCUGUGAAAGCCAAGACAGCGGCCAAAAAGACACGCAGAAGUUACCACUAUCCUGUUCAGGUGCCCACGAGUGUGGGACUGAGGAUCAAUUUUGAGGGAUCAAUCUGUAAUUAUUAGUGCAUGAAAGAGCGACACUGUGGAGUCUACCCGUGUGUCUGUCUAACCUUUGCCUGGGUUGGUGGACUAUCACUUGAAGACGUUGCUCUUAAGUUGGUCAAGUUUGGUUAACUUGGAAGUCUCGGAGGACAACGGGAAGAUUGGCAUCAGCUCACCUGAAGAACUAGACAUCUCUCUCUCUCUCUCUCUCUCUCUCUCUCUCUCUCUCUCUCUCACUCUCUCUCACACUCUCUAACUCAACUCAGCUCAACUCAACACCACAAACAGAACUGAUUUCAUUUACCAAUCAUUGUAAGGCUGUAUCCAUUUACCUCCUAAGCUUGAAGAAGCUUGGCUUUUACAUAUUUCCACACUUAUAUAUAUAUAAAAUCAUUGCUAAUCUGUUUGAUAUCCAAGGUGUUUUCCAUUUAUGCUCAUUCUUUAACCCGUUACAGGGUAUGUAACAAAAAUUGCAGCCUGCGUCUGGGAUUUGAACAAAUUGUUCGGGGCUUAUUUGAAAUGAUUGGGGAAAAUCCCUUUUGAUUUGGUCACGUGGAAAAACGGCAGACAUGGAUGAUCAGGAUUUUCUGGCAGGGCCAGACCCUGUGGUUUUGAAGAGAGCUAGAAAGGAUGAGUUGUGGAAAAUUGUUGAGGAACUCGAACUUAAGGAGGUCAAGAAAGGUAUGACUAAGGUAGAAAUUCAAAGAAAAAUAGUUGAAUAUUAUAUUUCGAAGAAGCAAUUUACUGAGGAUGUGUUGAAAAUGUUCGCAGAAGGUAAACCUACCAAGGCUGAGCUUUUGCAUUACAUAAACACAAAAUAAUCUGCAGAUGCUGGGAUCAAAGCCACAGUCACAACACGCUGGAGGAUCUCAGCAGGUCGGGCAGCAUCCGUGGAAAUGAUGAGUCAA